AUGCAAAUGGUCCGGAUUAGUGCUGACGCAACCAGUUACAGGCAAAUCCCAAUCAGACAGCAAGCACAGCCUGGAACAAAGCCUCAGUUACCCCGCGGAGAACAACUCAUCUCAGUGUCUCGGCCUGACUAUCAGCCUUGUCAAGCUCACGAAGGAGAUGGCCCCAAAAACCGACUCUCGGCUUCCACGAUAGCGCCUCAAUUCCCUCCUUCCUUCAGGGAGCGACUCUACCUUGCCUUUAUCGGUUCGAACAAUCUCGCUUCCUGCCCCUCCCUGAGUGUCGCCAUGGCAGACCCGGUAUCGACAACGGGAUUGAUUAUCCAGACCAUUGGAGUUGUCGGAAAGGUAUGCAAGUAUGGCAAUCAGGUCAAAUAUGCGCAUCACGAUAUCGGGGAGCUACUGGGAGAGCUCUUUGCGCUCAAGGCAAUUUUCGAGCAAAUUGCAAAGGACCCAAAUCUUACAAAGAUGCUGUCAUCGAAGCCCUUCCAAGAUACUGUGCCUGCUGCUACAGGUACGCUGAAAGAAUUGAUAGAUGACCUCGAAAGCAGGAUGUCGCGAGGCCAACGGUUCUGGUGGCAUUUAGGCUGGCCGGAGCGCAAGGCAAAGCUGCAGGGAAAUAUCCAGCAAUUAGAAAGGCUCAAAACAUCAUUGAUAAUGGCCUUACUGAGAGACAAUAGGGCGGUUGAGGAGGAAAUGUCACACUCAAUAAAUCUCCUGACCGACUUGGGCAAGGAGAUGAAGAAACACCAAGAAACGAUUGAGGAAGCCAGAAACAGCGCGGAGAAAACGGAGGAAAUGGUGGUGCUAUACUUCUACUGCUCAUUCCAUCUAGAUGCGGCCCAGAAAUUGAACCGGCUUCUCGGAGCCCUGCUCGCGCAAGCCCUGGAUGUCGAUACCCGUAUCCCGGAGGUGUUGGAGGCCGAAUUUGCGAAGGGGACUCCACUCACUACUGACUAUUUAAUUAAGUAUUUGUCAUUGUUCUCCGGGUUCCAGAGGAAGGUCUUUAUAUUCCUUGACGCCAUAAAUGAGAGCGAUGAGGCCGACCAGAUUUUAAGCGUAAUGCUUCGUCUAAUCGAUGCCUUGCCCCACUCCUACAUUAUGGUGACCAGCACAGCACCGGUGAGAAAGGAUUCCCGGAUACUCAGGGAGGUGAUGAAGCCUUCUUCAAAUGAAGGCGACAUACGGGCAUUUGUCAACUCCCAAUUAAAAGUGCAGCUAACGCUUCGCUGUCUUCCACCCGACCUACAGCGUAAUAUAAGUGAAACACUCAUGAAGAACGCAAACGGAAUGUUUCGAUAUGUCCGCUGUCAGAUUGACCUGCUGGCCGGUCAGAAAACGGGAAGAAAUGUUCGUCGAGCGCUUGAGAGAAUCCCAGGAGACUUAAACGGGACAUACGAGAUUAUCCUAUGCCAGAUCCCCCCUCAUUGUCGGGAACUCGCGAAGGAGGCUUUUCUCUUGUUAGCAUACAGCCGGGAGGUGCUCACGUUACCGGCACUAAAUGAGGCACUGGUGGUUGAGAAGGGUGAUCGCUUUCUUGAUGACGAAUCUAGACUCUUUGAUCAAAACCUGAUUCUCCAUGCAUGUCAAGGAUUGAUUGUAUAUGAUGAGGUCACAGGGGUUGUGACACUGGCUCACUCAUCUGUCAGAACAUACCUCACAUCAGACGAGAUUCAGCGUGGUUCAGCAUCAUUCUUCAGCCUGAAUGAGCGCUCGGCCGCGCGAAAUAUCUAUCAGAAGUGCCUGACAUACCUCAAGUUUGAUGCAUUCUGCGCGCCGUGCUCUAAUACGGUCUCACUCAAAGAGCGUCUUGAACAUUUCCCGCUCCUGUCAUUCUCCGCUCACGCAUGGGCGCAGCACUGCGGCUGCUAUGCCCCUGCUGGCUUUUCACUUGCGUCCUCAGAGAUAGACGAGAUCGUGGACUUUUUUUUGACGCGUGAACUAAAGAACGGUAGGAACGUUGCAUCCUGGGUUCAGGUUAUACAGGGUGGAGUGUCUAGCGAAGAUGCUCAAGAAACUGAGCCUCUCUAUUUCGCUUCGCUAUUUGGCAUAUUGCCUGUUGUGGAUCGCCUCAUUGACAAUGGUGCCCCAGUAAAUAUCCCCAAUAAACGCACUGGUGCGACUGCCAUUAUUGCUGCUACGUUUAAUGGGCAAUUGGCUGUCGUAAAAAAACUCUUGGAAGCAGGUGCCGACCCGAACGUGGAAGACCACAGUAAAAUGACAAGUCUUGCAUGGGCUAGGCAGCACUCCUAUGAUCGGAUCGAGGAGAUUUUGUUGGCGCACAGAGCCAUCGAUAUAGAGCGUCAAUGUGUUCCCUCUGCGGACACGCACAAUGCUUAUGCUGCACUUGCCUACUAUACCACUAAUCAAGGAGGGAGGGAAGCCGAAAUUAUAUGA